UCUGCCGGCCAUCAGCUGUUUGAAGAACGCCAACGAGAAAAACCAAGUGCGAAAAAUUCCGGAAAGAAACACGCACUGCUCUGAUUCACCAUGUCCGCCGACGAGGAGGCGGGCGUGCACAGGCUGGAGGGUACCAGCGGCGAGGAGACGCGUGGUGGUCUUGUUAUCCGGAAGCCCAAGGACGGAGCGUCAUCGAAAAGCGGCUUCAAGGUUCCUCAGGGAUCGCUGCUAGGUCUGGACAAGCUGGCGGCCAAGCGGCGCGCUGAAAAGGAACAGUCCGGACGAUUGAUUUCCUUUAAGGACAAUGAGUACGAUGACACUGCGAGCGGUGGAGGAUCCACGCCAAGCUCCACACCCGGCAAUGGCGGAGGUGCCGCUUUGAGUGAGUUUGCCUUCAAGAAGCCAGAUACGAAAAGCUUCGAGAAGCUGAGUCGCCAGCUGCGUGAGCACAAGGACGAGACACCCUCACACACAGGUGGAGUCUCGGAAAAGGCUCGCGAACGCCUGCGGGAGCACAUUCAGCGGGACAAGACCCGCGGUCGCCCGGCGGUCAGCAGCUCCUCGUCAUCCGGCUCCAGCUCGGAAAGCCGAUCGGACCGAGAGAGACGCCGAGAGCGGGAAAGAGAUCGCGACCGGAGGCACCAAAGGGACAGAGACAGAGAUCGAUAUAGAGAGCGAGAUCGUGACCGACACCGGAGUAGAGACCGAGAUCGAGAUCGUGACAGAGAUGGCUCCAUGUCCGCAAGGAGCGUCAACACUCCAAGGGAGCCGAACACACCAGGCGGCAGCAGCGGCAUAUCCAACAGUACCUGGGACGAUGAUGACGGCGACAGCAGCCAUCGUAAGUCCGACUGGGACAUGCCCACACCCAAGCGUCAUGGGAGCCACACCUCAAGUGAUUGGUCCGCCCGCUCGAGCAGCCGGCGGAAUCAAGGCCGGCAGGAUGACACGGCGCGGCCGACACCGGCCCACCGAUACAAUCAAUGGGCGCACGACCGCAAACGCAGUGGAGCCACACCCUGGGGCGAGGACGCGGAGUCGCGGGAUCUCUGGGAGGAGGAGCAGCGCCGGUUGGACCGCGAAUGGUACAACAUCGACGAAGGCUACGACGACGAGAACAAUCCGUUCGGCGGCGCCAACUCUGAUUACUUCCGGAAGCGAGAGGAGCAGCUGGAGCAGAAGCGAACCAAGCGAAUCAGUGCCCAGCAGCGACAGAACAAUCGGGACAAUGAGCUGUGGGAACGGAACAGAAUGCUCACCUCCGGCGUGGUGACUUCGAUCAACGUUAACGACGAUUUCGACGAUGAAGCCCUGGAACGAGUGCAUCUACUCGUCCAUCAUAUAAUCCCGCCCUUUCUGGACGGUCGAAUUGUGUUCACCAAGCAGCCGGAACCCGUGGUGCCGGUGAAGGACCCCACCUCCGACAUGGCACUUCUGGCGCGGAAGGGAAGCGCUCUGGUGAAGACCUAUCGGGAGCAAAAGGAGCGCCGCAAGGCGCAGAAGAAACACUGGGAGCUGAGCGGCACCAAGCUGGGCAACAUUAUGGGCGUAAAAGGGCCCCAGGACGAGGACGAUGCUCGCUUCAACAAGGACAACGAUACGGCCGACUACCGAAAGGACCAGAAGUUUGCCGAUCAUAUGCGUGACCAGGAAACGGGAGGCAAAAGCGAGUUCUCGCGCAAGAAAACCAUCGCUGAGCAGCGACGCUUCCUGCCCGUAUUCGCCUCCCGCCAGGAACUGCUCAACGUGAUCCGCGAGAACUCGGUAAUCAUCAUUGUGGGUGAGACUGGCAGCGGCAAGACCACGCAACUCACACAGUAUCUCCACGAGGAUGGUUACAGCAAAAGUGGCAUGAUUGGAUGCACUCAGCCGCGUCGAGUGGCCGCCAUGUCGGUGGCGAAGCGUGUCUCCGACGAGAUGGACACCCAGUUGGGUGAAGACGUGGGCUAUGCUAUUCGAUUUGAGGACUGCACUUCGGAACGCACGGUGAUCAAGUACAUGACGGAUGGUAUCCUGCUCCGCGAAAGUCUGAGGGAUCCGGAUCUGGACAGUUACUCCGCCAUUAUAAUGGACGAGGCCCACGAGCGGUCGCUAUCAACGGAUGUGCUUUUCGGAUUGUUGAGAGAGAUUGUAGCUCGACGUCAUGACCUGAAGCUCAUCGUGACCUCCGCCACCAUGGACUCCACCAAGUUCGCCACCUUCUUUGGGAACGUGCCCACCUUCACCAUACCGGGCAGGACCUUUCCCGUUGACGUGAUGUUCAGCAAGAACACCUGCGAAGACUACGUGGAGUCGGCGGUGAAGCAGGCCCUACAGGUCCAUCUGACGCCCAACGAGGGCGAUAUGCUCAUCUUCAUGCCGGGUCAGGAGGAUAUCGAGGUGACGUGCGAAGUGCUGGAGGAGAGGCUGGCGGAGAUUGAGAAAGCACCAGAGCUGAGUAUCCUCCCGAUUUACUCCCAGCUGCCGUCGGAUCUGCAGGCCAAGAUCUUCCAGAAGUCGGGCGAUGGAGCGCGCAAGUGCGUGGUGGCCACCAAUAUUGCGGAGACAUCGCUGACCGUCGAUGGAAUCAUCUAUGUAAUCGACUCCGGCUACUGCAAGCUGAAAGUCUACAAUCCGAGGAUCGGCAUGGACGCCCUGCAGAUCUAUCCCAUAUCCCAGGCGAACGCCAACCAGCGCAGCGGUCGAGCUGGAAGAACAGGUCCCGGCCAGGCCUAUCGCCUCUACACUCAGCGCCAGUACAAGGACGAGCUACUGGCGCUCACAGUCCCUGAGAUUCAGCGUACAAAUCUGGCCAACACGGUGCUGCUGCUGAAGUCCUUGGGCGUGGCGGAUCUGCUGCAGUUUCACUUCAUGGAUCCCCCGCCGCAGGACAAUAUCCUGAACUCGCUGUACCAGCUGUGGAUCCUGGGCGCCCUGGAUCACACGGGUGCCCUGACCACCUUGGGCCGUCAAAUGGCAGAGUUCCCGCUGGAUCCACCUCAGUGUCAGAUGCUCAUCGUGGCCUGCAAGAUGGAGUGCAGUGCAGAAGUGUUAAUUAUAGUUUCUAUGCUCUCGGUGCCUUCCAUUUUCUACCGGCCCAAAGGACGCGAAGACGAGGCGGAUGGAGUGCGCGAAAAGUUCCAGGUGCCAGAAUCCGAUCACCUGACCUACCUCAAUGUCUACCAGCAGUGGCGCCAGAACAACUACAGUUCCACCUGGUGCAACGAGCACUUCAUCCACAUUAAGGCGAUGCGAAAGGUUCGAGAGGUGCGACAGCAGCUGAAGGACAUCAUGACCCAGCAGAAGAUGAACGUGAAGAGCUGUGGCACCGACUGGGAUGUGGUGAGGAAGUGCAUCUGCUCCGCCUACUUCUACCAGGCUGCCAGACUAAAGGGCAUCGGAGAGUACGUGAAUUUGCGAUCAGGAAUGCCCUGUCACCUGCAUCCCACCUCCGCCCUCUACGGAUUGGGCACCACACCCGACUAUGUGGUCUACCAUGAGCUGAUCAUGACCGCCAAGGAGUACAUGCAGUGUGCCACAGCUGUAGAUGGCUAUUGGUUGGCCGAGCUGGGUCCCAUGUUCUUCUCCGUUAAAGAGUCGGGACGCAGCGGUAGGGAAAAGAAGAAACAGGCGGCGGAACACCUAAAGGAAAUGGAAGAGCAGAUGCUGCAGGCGCAACACGAGAUGGAGGAACGAAAGCAGCAAGCAGCCCAAAGGGAGGAGCAGCUGGCCGCCAAACAGGAGAUAGCCACGCCGGGCAAUGCCACGCCACGGAGAACACCGGCCAGAAUUGGUCUCUGAAAGUCGAGUGAAUUGUUCUUUGAACUUGAGACUUAUUUUUCCACAUUUAUACAAAACUUUACUCUUUUUUUGU